AUGGACCGCUUUAUAUCCUCUGCUGUGACUGUCGGCAAGGUGAUUCUUGUCUCGGUGGUGGGCAUUUGGAUAUCGCAGCAUUUUCACAACAAGGAAAAAUCACUCAAGGCACUUAGUUAUAUCUCUGUUAAAAUAUUUUUGCCAUGCCUCCUCUUCUCACAACUGGCAAAGGAUCUCUCAUGGGAUAUGAUUCAUAAGUAUUACUGGGCAUGUAUAUUGCCUCUUAUUCCAAUGAUAUUUGGCUUUUGCACAGCCCUUGCCUUUCGUUCUUUCAUUCCUGCCGAGCUUCACGGUCUGCUUCUGCUGUCCUGCACGUUUCAAAGCAUCGUAUCCUAUGGCCUAGGCAUCGUGCUGAAUCUUGACAUCUCCUGGUGGAGCAAGGAAGACAGAAGUGAGGCGCAGUCAUAUGUGUUUCUUUUCAACUUGCUGCACUCUUUGUUUCUGUGGUCAUUUGGCACAAUGAUAGUUGAGAAGGGCGCUAUGGCCUUGGAGGAAAUGAAGGCCACCGCCGCUGUUGCCACCGCUGUUUCUGCCGAAGAUGAUGGUGAUGAUGCCAUUACGUCCAUGCGCAACACAAGCGGCGCGUUAGUGGAAAUGGAAGAGUGUUUUGGGGCUGAAAGUCAUCAAAGUGCAGGGCAGCUGGAGGCAUAUCAGCCUGCACCGGAGAUCAACUCCACACGAGACGUCGUGGAGCGAGAAAAUAAGUGCACGGCGGAUUUAACAUGGCCGGAGUACAUCCGCGUGCAACUCCCGUACCUUUUGUCCGAGCAGAUUAUUGCCAGCUUUUUAGGGUUGCUGGUUGCUCUUGUCCCCCCUUUCUAUCUUCUGGCGAAGAACCCUGUGGGGGAGGUGUUAAUGGGUGGGAUUUCUUUUUUGGCUCCAGGUGCCGUCCCGCUGCAACUUUUGGUACUCGGCGUCAACGUCACGGCAGACGAUGAAGACGACUCAAAAACACUUCCCAUUUGUUUUCUGGUAGUUGUCAUUCUUCUUCGUCUCCUUUUUAUUCCUGCUAUUUGUUUCUGCAUUAUCCACAUUCUCGUGGUGAAUGCCCUUAUGCCCUACGAUAAGCCGUUUAUAUUAGUGAUGCUGAUACUAACAUCCGCACCGACAGCGAUAAACACGUCUAGUAUAUGUUCUAUUUAUUCCUACAAAGUCAAAGAGUAUACAAAAGUGCUUCUCUUCAUGUAUAUGGCAUGCAUUUUCACGACAACUGUAUGGCUUACAGUAUAUGUUUGGUAUCUGGAUUCAUAA